GGGGCGGUUCCGCGGUGCGCGGCGGCGCUUCCGCCACCAUGAACUACAUGCCGGGCACGGCCAGCCUCAUCCAGGACAUCGACAGUGAGUGCGACCGCGGUUCCGUCGGUACUGCAGGGAACGAAGGAGAAACACCUCGUCCUGCUACGGGACGGCCGGACGCUGAUCGGAUUCCUGCGCAGCAUCGAUCAGUUCGCAAAUCUGGUGCUGCAUCAGACCGUGGAGCGCAUUCACGUGGGCAAGAAGUAUGGGGACAUCCCCCGAGGGAUCUUCGUCGUGAGGGGAGAGAACGUGGUGCUGCUGGGGGAGAUCGACCUGGAGAAGGAGAGCGACACGCUGCUGCAGCAGGUGUCCAUCGAGGAGAUCCUGGAGGAGCAGCGCGUGGAGCUGCAGGCCAAGCAGGAGUCGGAGAAGCUGAAGGUGCAGGCGCUGAAGGAGCGCGGCCUGGCGGUGCCCAGGGCUGACACGUUGGAUGAGUACUGAUGGGGCGGCGGUGCUGCGUGGUGCAGGCACUGAAAUCACGGCUUCCGUUCCUCCUGGAGGAAAAGGAGGAGCGGUGGCAAUGGGGCUCCUCGGGGGUAAUUGGACGCUCCGGGGAGAGGGGCGGUUUCUGUUCAGAGGUUGAACGCCUCUGCUGUCUUUUGGUUUGCGUCUUCUGGCUCCUGGCGUGGAGCUGAGUGAGAGCUUCCCUUCACCUGUAAAUAAAUCCCUGAUCUCAGCAGCA